CCCCGGCUUCGGGCACUCCUCCUGCCAGCGGCGGCCAGCCGCACGCUGCCCGCCCCGAGCUGCUCCUCGGUCCCUCUCCCCCGCCGGUACCUGCAGCAUGGACUCGGACUCCGGGGAGCUCAGCGAAGGCGAGCUGGUCUCACCCGCAGGUCCCGAUUGUUUCAGUUCCAAGAAUCUCGCACUGCAAGCCCAGAAAAAGAUCCUGAGUAAAAUGGCAACCAAAACCAUGGCUAACAUGCUAAUCGAUGACACAAGCAGUGAAAUCUUCGAUGAGCUGUACAAAGUAACAAAGGAACACACAAGAAACAAAAAGGAAGCCCAUAAAAUUAUGAAAGACCUGAUUAAAGUGGCAAUAAAAAUCGGGAUCCUCUAUCGAAAUAAUCAGUUCAACCAAGAAGAGCUGGAAAUCGUAGACAAGUUCAGGAAGAAGCUGAACCAAACUGCCAUGACAAUUGUCAGUUUCUAUGAGGUAGAAUACACUUUUGACAGAAAUGUUCUUGCAGAACUUCUGAAUGAAUGUAAAGACCUUGUACAUGAACUAGUAGAUCGACACCUGACACCGAGAUCCCAUGGGCGCAUCAACCAUGUCUUCAAUCACUUCGCGGAUGUGGAAUUUCUAACUGCCCUGUACAGUCUUGAUGGGGAUUGUCGGCCAUACCUCAAAAAGAUCUGCGAUGGCAUCAACAAACUACUUGAUGAGAAGGUCCUUUGAAACUACACUCAAAACCAAGAAACCAACCAAAAACUUCUCUCUAGAACUGGCCACUCUUCAUGAGCUGUGGUGAGCAAGCGAGCUUCCUUCCCGACGGUCUCUUACUACAGUCUCCAGCAGGGGCCAGAAAGUGCUCACCAGGCUCAUGAUGAAGUGGAAAACUUAAAUCAGAAAGCUAUCAAUUUUAAUGUUUUGUUCAGAUAAUUCAGUCUUUUCCAAGGAGCGGAGUGAACAAGGCUGCUGAUAUAUAUUGUUCAGAAACCGACUGCUAUACACUAUGGUCUUACUAGCUUUGUGUUCAAGGCUGAACAUGUGAAAAGAAAGUAAACUCAAAUGCGUGGCUAUGUAAAAAUAGACAGGUGAAGGCAAGAGAGCAAUGCAUGGAAUUUACCCCCAGGCCCUUGGUGCGUAUGUUUUUAUUAUUUCCACGCUAACUGAAAAAGCUUAGACAGAAAGUAGGGCUGUAAUGGAUUAAGCUCUCUCCUUUCAAAAGGAUCAGGAAUCAAUGAGAAGGCAUUUCUGAUUUUACAUGGUAUUUAAGUCUAAUAGGGGAAUAACAAAUAAUACAAACUGAGUAGAAGUGGGAGAAAAUUUAAAGAACUGCUCUAUGAAGCAAUAUUUUCAUUAGAGAGUUUUGUUUUAUACCUGCUAAUAACAGAGAGAAGGUUUCUUUUUAAUUUUGAAAAGCAGCUCAGUGGUUCAAGCUCAAAGGUAACCAGAAAACUAGAUAAAGUAGUACAUCAGUUUCCCCACUCUCAGGGUUUGUGUAUUUGGUAACAUCAGACGAGUUUAGGCUGAAGGUUGUGCUGCUCUUUGUGCUCUUACGGUUUUGCCUGACAGAACAAAAUAUUCUUUGUGAAGGUUUUGAAAUUGCACUUGUAAAGAGGAGCACAACUAAGACACCAAUAGAGUGACAAAGCAGCAUUUACAUCCCCUAUCCUCAAAAUACUCAGCCUAGAUAAGACUCUCGGUUUAACAUGUCCGUGAUGUUAAUUUGUGCCUACAGUAAAACAGGUAUGAUAAAAAAGGAACCCCAUCCACUAUGCUUGCAGUGCCAUCCAAGUGUAGGAUACCCACAGUAGUCUUAAGAGAACAGUCUUAGUGACUCUGGUGAGCUUCAUGAAGGAUUUUUUGUUCAGAAUGUUUUCAGUGACUUUUUUUUUUUCUUUUUUAAACAAAAUAUACUGAGGUCUUCAAACUGAAAAGAUUUUGCAAAGAAAUGCUGGUUUCUGUACAGUUUUGUUAGGAUUAAGGGAGAACGGGAGCAGAACAGAUACACCAGCUUGCCACUUGCAGAAUCUUGCAGCUGGGUAGGUGCUGACUGACCCUAAGUAAAGGAAUUAUGUUUGGAAAUCUCUCCUUGCCUCUUCCUUGCCCUCUACAUCUUACCCUCCAGACUCAACCUCUAUCUACUGACACUUCAGUAUCAUGCACCAUCUCCUUUCGAAAACUGACACAGACAAGAAAAUAUAUUUGAAAGCCAUUCCUCUCUAAGGAAAAUUUCCAGUGUUAAUCACUCAUUACUUUAGGCUAAGAAAAAUUUAUGCUUCUCAUUUAAACUCCUAAAUACUAUGGUGGUAGAGAAAACCGUUCAAAAUCUUAUUAUUCUUCUGUCUUUCCUCACCCCAGAAUAACUAUAUUUUAUCUCUUGCAACAACAAUUUUGACUAUCACACCUUUAUACAGUUGAGAAUACACAUACCCAGAUCACAUAUUCACUUGGGUUGUGCUGGAUGGAUUUUUAUCUGUUCCCAGGAGAACUCCUUUUGGAGCACAGUAAAGAUGGCAGCACAAGACAUUAGCAGCAGUUUGUAACAAUGUAAAUUCUUCCCUACUUAUUUCCUUUAACCAUAAAAAGUAUAUUUAGUAGCAAUGAAGGUGGACAAUUCCUUUGCAACACAGCACAGUAAUGAAAUACCAACAUUUGGGGUUGCAAGUUCAGCCAUUUGCAGAGCCAUAUUUACGUGCACCAUUAGCUGCAUUUUUUCCAAGCACGUACUUGUCAAUUGAUGCUUUUGAACAGUAUUUAUUGUAUCCAACACUCCUGUCCCAGUGCACAUGUCAGAUUUUGCGUGUUUGUUUCACUUGUGGCAACCAAAUUUCUUUUUUUAAAGCUAGAAAAAGAGAGACUAUUCAACAUUCAAGAUGUCCAAAGGAAAGGGAUAUCCUGUAUCUGUGACUUUCUUUGUGUGUUGCAAGUAUCAAUAUUCAGAUUCUGGUAUUUUAGACACACCAGCUGAACAUCUGUUGUUUUAUUUAUAAAUCUGAGUAGCCUUAAGGAAAGAGAAUGUUUUCAAGUAUUUCUCAUAUUUGCAUAUCCUGUAUAUUCAUUGUUUACUUUUGUACUUGUAGCUUGGUAUGUAAUAACAUUGCUAAAAUAUGGGCAAUGUUCAGGUCACCUUAAGUAUAUGAUGUAUUAUCAUAUUUGUGGAUUAAAAAUGUGUGAUUACUGC